AUUUGAGAAAAGGGGUUAAAAAGCCCUGCGAUCGUCUGACAAGGAAAACAAAAACAGAGCCAACCUCCUUCACGUUCCCGUAUCGACCCCGCCGCUGGCCUCGCCAUGGAUGCGCAUACCCGCGGACGACGAACGUUGGAAGAGAUCCGCCAGAAGCGAGCCGCCGAGAGAAUACACAAGGUCCCUUCCGGUUCAGAUCUUGAAUCCUCCAAUCCCUACGGCGCGCAGAGAUCAGAGUCUGGGAAUCGAAUGUCAGGAGAGUUUCUCCUUGUUACUACAGUGGAAGAGAAAGAUCAAAAGAGAGGAUGAUGAGUUUGAGAGAGAUACAUAUGUAUUGUCAUCUCAACUUAAGGAUUUUGAGAAUAGGAAUGCAGAGCUCGAGAGGGAAAAUCAGAAACUGUUAGCAAAGCUUGAUGAAAAGGAAAUUCAAAUUGAUUCAUUGAUGAAGCGCUUAAAUGAUUUGGAACAAGAUAGUUUGCUUAUGCUAAGAAAAUCUCUAAAGGAUAUUUCCAUUGAAAAGGAUGCAGCAAUUGUUGCCAGAGAAGAUGCUUUGUCACAACUUCGAUCUAUUAAGAAACGGUUAAAGGAAGCAGAAGAGGAUCAAUAUCGAGCUGAACAGGAUGCAGCAGAUUUAAGGGCAGAACUAAAUUUACUGCAGCAACAAGGACUGAGGGGGACUACUCACAGUGACAUGCAGUUUGGCAGCUCACCAGACCACAUCCUUUCCCUAGAAAAGGAAAUAUUGGAUUUGAAAACUGGAUUACAGCAAGAGUUGCUGCUGAGGCAACAAGAGCAGCAAAAACUAUCCGCAGAACAGUUACACAGUUCAUCCCUGUUAUCUGAAAAGAAAGAGCUGGAAGAUAAACUUGCAUCUUUGAAUAAAAAGAUUUCAGAAGAUGCUUCAGAUUUUGCUGUGCGCAAGAUGUCUUCCUUGGACAAGGAAAAAUUUGAAAAACAGUUGCAUGACAUGGCAGUUAUGGUUGAGAGGCUUGAAAGCAGUCGACAAAAACUACUUAUGGAGAUUGAUUCUCAGUCUUCAGAGAUAGAGAGGCUGUUUGAAGAUAAUUCCAACUUGUCAGCUUCUUAUCAGGAAGCAAUGGAGACUGCCAUGCAGUGGGAGAGCCAGGUGAAGAAUUGUCUGAAGCAAAAUGAAAAUCUUCGUAUGCUAGUGGACAAACUUAGAUCUGAACAAGUCAACCUAUUGCAAACAAGUGAUGGCAUUAUUCAAUCAGAUGCUGAAAGUGCAGAAGGAAAAGCUGAUUCAGAAAAUAGGUUGCUUAAGGAUCUGUUGGUGAAAGAACAGAGCAGAUGUGAUGCAUUGUAUGCAGAGGUCAUGAAGCUUACUGCUGAACACAGACGUGCUGUCCAAGCACGUAACAGUCUCAUAUGCCUUUAUAGACCUGCACUAAAAGACAUAGAGAGCAGCCUAAUGAAAAUGAAGCAAGAUAGCUAUGCAGCAGUUUUCUGAUGAUAUUUGAGGUCCUGCCCAAGAAUUUUUACCCGGGACGUGACAUCCUUUGAGGCUACCACCUGCAUCUAGUAUUCCUGUUGGCACACAACAAUUCUGUGCCAGAUCUUAUAAGGAGGUUCCAAUUCACAAAGUUCAAUCCCACUUGAUUGUGUUGCGACUUUUGUGUAUAUUGAACGACAUCAAAUGUGGAAAGGUAGUAGCAAUCCCUGUAAGUUAUGACCUUUUCACUCUUAACUAUAGAAGUAUGGUAAGAACCGGAUAAGAGGUUAGGAACGACGUUGAUCGCUAUAUAAUUCUGUUUUAAGUUGAUUAUGGUUUCCCUCCAGUUUUACUAUCAAACUUGCCUUUUUUCCUUUUAAA